CUAAAUUACAUAGCGCCCUCAUACCGUCAGUUUCACAUACGCGUUGUCAGAAGUAUGGAAGUUCCCAAAUCGGCGAAACUUUUUAUUAUUUCUUCUGCAGUUCAGCUUAUUACGGCGUCGAUGACAUUGGGAACUGAGUGGCAGGUAGUCGAGACAUCGUAAAUCCCGAAAUUGGGAUUCAUAACCCGGAGGUAGGACGAAGAGUAGGUGAAAAUUCGAUUUCAAAAUCGAUUGCAAGCAAAAGCUCACAACACACGGUAGCUACGUAGUAGUAUUGCGCAGUACAUACUGUACAUGUGGUGAGGUCACGCACGGUACGGCCGUUUGUGUGUACAUUGCUGUAGCCAGCGUAGCCGGAAGAGAUUGCGGUGCCGCGCACCGUGUCGCGCUCCACUGUGCACCGGUGUAUUGUUCGCCAGGCUGGGGCGGGUUAUGCAUGGGCACAGCUACAUCAAACGACGUGGAAAAGUGUGGGCACAGGCAAGAUAGAUCUAAAAUCUGACUGAUUUUUUUUGUCAUUUGGUGGAGUUUGCUUUGGUGUUUCUGCGAUGGAUUGCCCACACCUGGUGAACAGUGUUACAGCUGGGGUGUCCGCCAUGCCGGUGACUAGAAAGUCUAACAAUGGAGAGACACUUUCUAAUUGGGUUUGCGCAGUUUGCAGGUCAAGCAAAAGCCCAUGGAUGUGUCUCUCGUGUGGCACCAUCACUUGCGGAAGGUACGUCAACGGUCACUCCAAAAAGCAUUUCGAAGAGUGCCAGCACAGUGUGUGCAUCAGCUGUGACAAUCUGAGCGUUUUCUGUUAUGAAUGUGACGAGACUGCUGUGAAUGACACAAAAUCUGGAACGGUUCAGCAAGUGAGACAAAUCUUACAAGAUAUAGCCAGUGCACAGUUUGACAACAAACGGCUAAAAAAUAGUAAAGAAAACGUCACCGAUAGCGACGAAGAGGGACCCCCCAAGAAGAAACUAGCCACUAACAAUGUAAAAUCGACCAUUCCCGGCCUGAGGAAUCUAGGAAACACAUGUUUUAUGAAUGCAGUACUACAAUCACUAAGCAACAUACACCAGUUCUGCUGUUACUUCAAGGAUCUCCCCGCGGUGGAGCUGAGAAACGGCAAGUCCGCAGGAAAGCGCAUCUACAACACACGAAACCUCAAACACGACGACGUGUCUUUGGUUGAAGAGGUGCGUAAGACACUAUGUGCCCUCUGGCAAGGCGGUCAGUCAGCGAUCUCCCCGGACUCCCUGUUCUCAGUCAUGUGGAAGAUCUUCCCAAGAUUCAGAGGUUACCAGCAGCAAGACGCCCAUGAGUUCAUGCGCUACCUACUGGACAGGCUGCACACAGAGCUCCAAGGUACGCUGUGGCCUGGCAACCCACGACGGCAGACCAACGGAACCAGUACUAUCGUCACCUUCAUGUUUGGCGGACUCUUACUGAGCCAAGUGCAUUGUGUCGUGUGUGAGAGCUUCUACAAGAAGAUCGAUCCAUUCCUUGAUGUAUCAUUAGACAUCCCCCAUCGGUUCAGGUCAAGAAGCAAGUCGAAAGACGGUUCCAGAGUAUGUCAGAUACAAGACUGUCUGCAGAGCUUCACGGAGGUCGAGGAGCUGGCCGAGUCGGAGCACUACAUGUGCACAAACUGUCAAAAGAAACAGCCCUCCACGAAGAAGUUCUGGUUCCGCAAGUUGCCUAAUGUACUGUGCAUGCACAUCAAGCGUUUUCAGUGGACAGGGUUUCUACGCAGCAAGAUUGACGUGUUUGUGCAGUUUCCGCUCAGGGGUCUGGAUCUCAGACCGUACAUACUCAAACCAGAGGAAUUACCAGACAGCGAGAGUACAGUAUAUGACCUCAAAGCUGUGGUUAUUCAUCAGGGAUCUGGUGCUGGGUGUGGUCACUACGUUGCCUUUGCUAAGAAUGACGGUCAGUGGUUCUGCUUCAACGACACCACGGUCUCGCAGGUCCACGAGUCGGUGGUGCUACGCAGCAAGGCGUACAUCCUGUACUACAACCGUCGCAAGGCAACGCAAGACGACUGUUUCCAGCUGGUCACCUCUUUGCAAGAGGAGCUGCGGUUGGAGUUGAACCAGAGGACCAGCGCCACCACGAGUACGGUAGCUUAGCUCGGGGGUUGGGGGUUUGGGUAUUGUGUAUGUGUUCAUUUGGAUAUGGUCAUCUGCUUGUCAUAGCUGCACCCUGAACUCGGAAACAAGUGCGAAACGUACUUAAACGGCUGGUCAACUUGGGCCAAGAAGCUCUAUCAGAGAUGUGGUUUAGUCAAUUACAAGUCACUCACUUGUUAAACUUUUAAGUCGGGUCACAAGUAACAGGGGAUAGACAGAUAUGAAGAGGGGAUAGAUAGUAGUAAAGGUAUGUCUCUGUCUUAGAAUGGUUGAAGAGCCUGGCGCUUGACUUGAGACUGGAUGACUUGUGAUUGAGAAUCCACAGCGUAGGAUCUUUUUUCUGUCCAGAUCUUUGGACCGUCUUCAGAAGAGUCAACAACUGUCCCUGUUAUUUUCCCUGGAAAUAAAAGAUUACCCAUGUUGGUUAGAAACUAACACGCUUUAUUUCAGCCAGUGAUUAAGACCGACUUGGACGACCCGCAGCAAAGGGCCGUAUGAAGACCAUUCAAGAGAAGCUACUUCAAGACACUCAGCUUUGUUUUUUUUAUGGGACGCAAAGCCCCACGUAUUCUCAGAGGUAUAUCUGUUCUGGUCGGAUGUAGCCAGCGGUGUCCAACUAUAAAAAAUUGCGAAAGUUAACUUUUGUCUCACUUGUACAACCAGAGAUACCUUACUGCACAACUGCAAAAGUUUUUUUGCACAACGUAUGUUCUUCACAGUCGGCUUGUGUCGUCGUGGUUUUAUUU